AUGUCGUUUGUAACCGAACCGUCUCAAAUUUGCUUGUGGUGUCGCGUGAGUUCAUGGAUCCACGCUACCGCACCUCAAGAAUCGAAGGAGCAAUUUAGGCACGACGAACUCAACAAAUACAAUGACCACAAAAUCACUAUGCCUUUAACACCGCCCUCCACAUCUCCAUCGAAACGAAGGCGUCUCAUGCCUUCCGACGAUUCUGAAUCAAUCACUCUUCGCACGGCCAACUCAAUCGACAGCGACAUCACAGCCGAAGCGAUUGACGACCCGACACCACGAGCACAGAGAGGUGGCAUCCCGCCAUGCCAUACCUUGCCUUCGUCGCUUGCCUUUCGCCCAAGUGCAAGUCAGUCCCAAGGCUCGGGGUCGAUAGUCUCCGGUUCCAGUCAAUCUGGUUCCGGUCUGACCCCUAGGCGACGCUCUGUGAGCCCGGUCAAGAAGACGAACGACCUACGGAAGUUAGCCAUACCCACAACACUCACUCCGCUUACAGCACCAAAAAAACAACUCCCCCCUAGUAUGCUCACUAUCUAUAAGCGUAUCGAGGACAUUAUGCAUUAUGGAGACCCAUUUGCGCCGGCGGAGGUCCAAUCUGCCAUCAACGAUAUCAUGCAAGCUGCCGGAGAAAGAGAAUGGCCCGCUGGCUGGUUUGAACAGCAAGCCGAUACUGGUGGCGCGGUUGCGGAGCGGGAGCUGGAGAGAAUUCUUGAAAUCCAAACCCUAGCAGCAGAGUGCUCGAGCGAGAAGGUAUCUGAAGCUACAUGGAACCUGGAAGUUCACGGUCCGUUGCUCAAACUGGCAAUGACCGCAAUCCGUGGUGUUUCUCGCCACUUGAUCACAACAGCAAGAAUUGAGUCCAAAUGGCUUCCAAUCAUCCGCAUCUCGCCCGGACCCUUAAUUUCAGCGUCAGAAUCCGGGUCGAUCAGGUGCUCUGGCAAUACUGUCGGGGGAAAGAUGGUAGAUUUUGCCCUGACUUUGGAUACUGCUUCGACUCCCCUGGCAGUAAUCAAAGAGCAUAUUUAUGCCAGCGACCUUUCAGCAGAUUUAUCUGUCAACCAGACCACAUACAACCCGCUGACUCUGCGGCCGAUUGGUGUAAGCGUUGAGACCAAGGCUUCUGCUGCGGGAGCCGAACAAGGCCGCAUUCAACUUGCUUUAUGGACAAUCGCAUGGUACAAGAGAGUCCAGGCCUGGGUGGAUAGCUGCGCCGAUGAUAUCCGUCUUCCUGAUGCCAUGCCAGUUAUCUUGGUUACGGAGCAUGCAUGGAAUUUGGCGUUCGUCUGCAAUAGGGGUGGCGAGGCAUUUGAGCUGGUAUAUGAAAUCUCGAUUGGGAGCACUUCGAAUCUGCGUGAUUUAUACAAACUUCUGGCUGUAUUGCGCAUUUUGGGUCACUGGAUAGAUACUGAUCUCAGACAAUGGUUCGAGCGGUUGUUCCGAACCCCUCUGAUAAUCAAGAGCCAUCAUGGAGAGGUCGGAAAGCUCGAGAUAGCAGUAAUAGUAGCGGUAAGCCGGCGCAAAACCAAGAGUGCACCCGAGGAGAUGUCUUCAGAGCGGCCCGUUUCUCGGUACCGCGAGGUGGUCCAGUCGCCGCCCAACGCCCGACCGAAGCCGCGGGAC